UAUAUAUAUUGUGUCUUUUCUAAAUUUAUGUAGCAGCCGUAAUAGAGAGAAAAUCAGCUUUAGGGCCACCAUCAACAGUCUAAAUUUACAGCAGGUAAAACAGAUGAUGUGGCAACUUCAAGCAAAGUGGAGGGAGUUUAAAUGGGCUGUUUCUCUACUGCUUUUGACAGUUCUGCUGUAUGUAGUUGUCUACCAUUCGGCAUCACUUGUUCCAAACUUUCCUGCGUCUGUGGCGCCAGUGGUGGCAGAGAAACAAGAAAUUAACAACAUUGAUAGCAUUGAGGCAGAAGAUAUGAUAAAUUUGGAGGGAAUCUUGAAGGAAGCAUCGAUGAAGGACAAGAAGACGGUAAUAAUGACAUUGAUGAACCAGGCCUGGGCGGAGCCAAAUUCGACGUUCGAUGUGUUUCUUGAGAGCUUUCGAAUAGGCAAUGGGACUAGUAAGCUACUCCCCCACAUCGUGGUGAUGUGUUUGGACGAUAAAGCCUACUCACGGUGCUUGGAUGUCUUGCCUCGCCGUUGCAUCUUGCUAAGGACUGCCGGAGUUGAUUUCUCCGUCGAGAACCGGUACAUGGUAGGAGAUUAUGUCAAGAUGAUGUGGCGUCGAAUCAAGUUCUUGGGUUCUUUGCUUAAGCUUGGAUAUAACUUCCUCUUCACGGACAUGGAUACAAUUUGGCUCCGUGAUCCAUUUCCUCGAUUAGUUGCGGAUGUCGAUUUUCAGGCUGCUUGCAAUCUAUUUUUCAACGGAAAUUUCAGCGACAGGCAGCACAAUGAAGUCAAUGGCGGAUUCAAAUUCGUCACGGCGAAUCACAGAACAAUCAAGUUAUACAAAUAUUGGUAUAAGUCCAGACUAAGGUUCCCUGGCAAACACGAUCAAGACGUGCUUAACUAUAUCAGAAGCGAUCAAUACAUAAACAAAAUCGGGCUCGACAUGAGGUUUAUAGAUACAGUCGAUGUUGGUAGUUUCUGCCAACCAAACUGGGAUAUUACCAAAGUCAGCGUACUGCAUGGGAAUUGUUGCAUUGGACAGAGUAACAAGGUCAAGGAUUUGAGACAAUUUCUUGAAGAUUGGACAAUAUUUUUUGGCAAUGGAAACUGGAAAAGAAGUUUUCGACAGCCGAUGAAUUGCCGGAGAAGUGUGGGAUGGAGGCCUCCUAGAAAGCACAAAAGGAGGGGUUAAUGCAGUUUUUAUAUAUGUUGUUGAAAGGCUAAAGAAAAUAGUCAAAUAAGGGAAAACAAAAAGAAAGAUCUAUGCUUUCAAAUUCUUACUAAUAAUAACUAGGUUAAACUUAAAAAAGCAAAAAAAA